AUGAUGAUGGUUCCCAGCAAAAUAUCCUCUCUACUUCAGUUUUUCACUCUUUUAUAUCUCUUUACAGUUACUUUUGCUUCCACUGAGGAAACAACUGCCCUCUUUAAAUGGAAAGCGACUUUCAAGAACAAAAAUAAUUCCUUAUUGGCAUCAUGGACACGAAGUUCUGAUGCAUGCAGUGAUUGGUAUGGAGUUAUAUGCAUUAAUGGUAGGGUAAACAUGUUGAAUAUUACAAAUGCUAGUAUCUUUGGUACACUCUAUGCUUUUCCGUUUUCAUCCCUCCCUUUUCUCGAGUAUCUUAAUCUUAGCAGGAACAAUUUAUUUGGCACCAUCCCACCUGAGAUUGGUUAUCUAACUAAUCUUGUCUAUCUUGACUUGCAUAUCAAUCACAUUUCAGGCUCAAUCCCACCACAAAUUGGCUCACUAGCCAAACUUCAGAUCAUCCGUUUAUUUGACAAUCAUUUAACUGGUCCUAUUCCAGAAACAAUAGGUUACCUAAGGUCUCUUACUAAGCUAUCGUUGAGUAUUAACUCUCUUACUGGUUCUAUUCCUGCUUCAUUGGGAAACUUGACCAACUUGUCUUUUUUGUUUCUUCAUGUUAAUCACCUUUCUGGAUCCAUUCCUGAAGAAAUAGGUUACCUAAGGUCUCUUACUCGUCUAGAUUUGAGGAAUAACUUUCUUAUUGGUUCUAUUCCUACUUCCCUUGGCAACUUGAAAAAUUUGCAAGUUCUGCUUCUCAAUGACAACAAUCUAAUUGAGGAAAUUCCUCCAUCUAUUUGCAAUUUGACAUCACUGGCAAUCCUGUAUUUGUCGAGAAACAACUUGAAAGGAAAAAUUCUGCAAUGCUUAGGUAAUAUCAGUACCCUCCAGUUUGUGAUGAUGUCACAUAAUAAUCUCAGUGGAGAACUCCCUUUGUCUAUUUGCAAUCUAACAUCACUACAAGUUCUAAAUUUGGGUAGAAACAAUCUGAAUGGAGCAAUUCCACAAUGUUUUGGCAACAUGAGUGGUCAUCUUGAGAUUCUUGAUAUGCAGCACAACAAUCUUUCUGGUACUUUUCAAAGCACUUUUAGCAUUGGAAGAGCACUCAGAAGCUUCAAUUUGCAUGGCAAUAAGCUAGAGGGGAAAAUUCCACGAUCCUUGGCAAAUUGCCAACGAUUGGAAGUUCUUGAUCUAGGAGCUAAUCUCCUCAAUGACACAUUCCCGAUGUGGUUGGGGACUCUGCCAGAGCUACAAGUGUUAAGCUUGAGAUCCAACAAAUUGCAUGGACCCAUCAGAACUUCAAAGUUCAUGAAGAACUUGUUUCCUAAGCUUCGAAUCAUAGACCUCGCUAGCAAUGCAUUUACAGCAGAGUUACCUGCAAAUCUUUUUCAAAAUUUCGAAGCCAUGAAGAGAGUUGAUCAAACUGUGGAGGAUUCAAGUAAUAAAGAAGGCGGUUAUUACCAAGACUCCGUAACUGUCGUAACAAAGGGACUGGAGCUUGAAGUUGAUUCAAUCUUGUCUUUGUACAUCACAAUUGAUUUUUCAAAUAACAGAUUUGAAGGACGCAUUCCAAGUAUUAUGGGAAAUCUCAUUGCACUUCACAUGUUGAAUUUAUCUCAUAAUGGAUUGCAAGGUCAUAUACCGCCAUCACUCGGAAAAUUAUCUUCAGUUGAAUCAUUGGACCUAUCAGCUAAUCAUCUUGAAGGAGAGAUACCUAAACAACUUACAUCUCUUACAUUUCUUGAAUUCUUGAAUCUCUCUCACAAUCAGCUCCAAGGAUGCAUCCCAACAGGACGCCAAUUUGAUACAUUCGAGAAGAACUCGUAUGAAGGUAAUGAUAGGUUACGUGGAUUUCCUAAUUUGGAAGGUUGUGGAAACAGCAGGUUUCCCAAGACAAACAACACGACACAUGAGCUGGAACAAGAAAGUGAUUCUACAUUUCUGAGUGAACUCAACUGGAAAGUGGUUCUUAUGGGAUAUGUGUGUGGACUUAUUAUUGGAUUCUCCAUAACAUAUUUAAUGCUUUCAGCUAAAAAUCCCGAUUGGCUUUCUAGGAUUGCUGAUGAACUAGAAUACAGAAUCCUUAUGAGAAGGCGAAAGUAGCAGCGAGGUUGUCAAAGGCACUACAGAAGAUGAAAUUGUUGAGUCUAGCUAUAAGAGUUAAAUAUUAUAUCAGCAACUGAUCGAACGCUCUACAAAGCAACCUCUUCAAAUUGAAUGAGUUGCAGUUUUCAUUUGCAAGACUCGUGCAUUGUCCCGAG